UCCAGACAAAUGUUGAUCCAUUUUAACGCAGGAGGGACCGACAGAGAAAGAGCCAAGUUUCAAGUCCAAGCCAUGUAUCCUGUAGACCUGCCGUUAGUGGGCGCCAGUGAGCUGACCUCUGCAUCUCUCCAGUACCUCUCUGCUUUAGAGUCAGAGCCAGCUCAGAGAGAUUGGUUUCAUUUACCGACCAAAUCUAAGGUUGCUAUAACAGCAGCCAAUAUAAAGCAGUUGCAUCUUUUUAAUGACAAACCUGAGUGUAUUCUGUUGACUCUACAUCUACCUGAUGAACCCCAACAAGUUGUAGCAUUGUAUCUAUGUGGAAAUUGGUGGCAUAUAGAUGAUGUCUUACGAACAUCUAAGAAAUCUAGAAAUGGUUUGGAGGCGGUCAAGUGCACUAUAGAGAGAGUGCUAGUUUUGGUUCUCAGUCAGCUGGUGGAUAGGGUUCUUGCAGAGGAGCAACUUUUCUCAAAUCAUCCCCCAACUGAGAACUGCAAACUGCUCUGGAUACAUGGAGAGGCAGUGGCCUUCUACAGCUUCAAGCAGAAAGGCAGUUUGUGUGAAAACUGCAUCAGCCGAUGCUACGAGCUUCCUGUUCUGGAUACCAUAUAUGUGAGGGGUCACUGUAGAAGGAGGGGCUUUGGACUACUCAUGCUCCAGGACUUCUGUGAUAUGUUCCCAGAUGAAAGUGUACUAGGGGUCAGCUCUCCACUAUCAGCAGGCAUGAUGGCAGUGUGCAAAAAGUUUCUGAUACAACACAAAGAACACAGAGAUGUUCUUUAUGAAGUUGAGGCUCCCAGCAGCUGGAUUCAGAGACGAAACAUCUGGCUCAACAUCCAGAUCGGACGCUACUCUCGAUCUAAGAGCAGCUCAUCAUCUGUGGAAGUAGAGAAGGAUGAGGGGACUGAUCAACUGUAAAGAUGGGCGUCUGUGGGUAUGGUGGAGUUUAAUGGUCACUAUGACAAAAUUGCAAACACAAGUUAAACAAGAAAGACAAUAUCUUGCAUCAAAAACUGUAGCCUACAUUUGUCCAAUAACAAUAUUUUUUGUUUUUCUGUCUUGUGAAAUAGAUCUGUAAUGCAAACCUUAUGAAAACGAUUUGGGGAACAGUGGAUGUUCUCAAACAGAGCACACUGGGGACCAUCCACCAAACAGAAACCCCCCCAAAUACUAAAGCUGCUUUGAAAUGUACUGGACAAUUGUUAAUCA